AUGACCGAGGUCAUGACAGUCAGCAGGAGACCGGACAAAGUGGACAUCAACGAAUCCCAGCUGAAGCCAGAAAAUGAAUUCAGAUACCUGGACAGCAUUUUCACAGAAAUAGAGACAAGAUGGGCUGAAGUCUUCUCAAUAGACCCUCACUAUGGCAGUGCUUGUGGAGAGACAAGAGUUUUGGUCAGUGGCAUUGGUUUUUCACAAGACAAAAUUAAUGAAGGCAAUCAAGUUCUACUUGUCUCUGAUGUCACUUCCUAUGAUUGUACAGUCAACAAGGAUGGAACCAUAGAAACCAUGAUCAUGUGCUAUACUGUAUUUGGUAUGGCGGAGGGUGCAUAUUAUGUAAAGGUGAAAGUGGAUGGCAUACUGGUUGCUGAUGCAGACAUGUGUAAACCUAAUGGUCCGCAAAGUAGUAACUGUCGAUUUGAGGUCAGAAAACAGAACACACCUUUAAUUACAAGUAUCACACCUGUUGCCUUCCCCCCAGGACCAGAGUCAGUAUUGGACAUGACAGCUCUAAUGUUUACAGACAGGUUUAUGACUAAUGUGGCAACAGGCACAAAUGGCAAAGUAGAAACUUUGAACAGAGUUUAUGCUGGGCCACUUCCUUGUGCUUUGCAGAAAGAAAAUGGAGACUUAUCUUGUCGUGCCAUGAAUACUCUCCUGGUCAGUAUCAACAAACAGAUCUAUCAGUUCCAGACAUAUGCAGAAAUUACUGGUGUAUCCCCAGCAUCAGGGAGUACUGAAGGGGGGACAAAUCUUGCUAUCACUGGGAGAUACUUCACUGGGAUGAAGGAAAACACUAAAGUGUAUGUUGGAGGUGUUCAGUGUGAAAUCAAGUCAAUUACCAGUACCGAGAUACAGUGUGUUACUCCCAAAAAACCUGCAAGUCUGCCCUCAUACUUUUGUGGCAACCGGGGAUUGACUUUGAAUGUUUGGACUGGUCAGACUAAAACGUAUGCUGAACUAGGAGAUGUUGAAAUGCUGACAAGCUCAGAUUCUGGAUACAGUCAGCUCCAUACUGAUCAAUCAUACUUCAGUCACUCAGCAAGCAACUAUGUAUCUCGAGCACAAGGUUUCUUUGUAGCCCCAUACUCAGGAGAGUACUCCUUUAUGAUCAAGUCAGCAGAUGUGUCGAGUCUCAGGCUCAGCACUGACAGUGAUCCAGCUAACAAGGUUGAAGUUGGUAAGUGUGAGAGCACUUGUCCUAAGUAUUCAUCAACACCAAGUCAGACCUCAGGAAGGGUAGCACUGAUUGAACAGCAAAAAUACUACAUGGAAGUGUUACACUCACAUGGAUCCUCUGGAGACCCUUCAGUUCAAGUAGCAGCUCACCUCUAUAACACAGAUUUAACCAAUCAAAGUACAGGAAUUGCCACUAUGGAACAUCAAGUUGUGAAGGUAACAUCCACCGUCAAUAGAGAGGUGCAGAAAAUUCAAAUUGUGGUAGGAACACCAGUAGGCAGUUCUUUGAAUGAAAAGCAGGUUGUUGUAGUCAAGGAAACCAGUGGUACUUUCUCUGAUGCAACCUUCAGACUUGGGCUGUAUGGUGUCUAUACAGUUAGUAAAGAAUAUUACAGAACUUGA